CGUCCGCGAGAGCCUGGGCGAUGGAGAAGCGGGGACGCGGUGGGCAUCCGCCCUCGACCGCGGGGCAUCCGCCCUCGACCGCGGCGCCUCCGCAGCCGCCGAUGACGCCUCGGAAAGAGAGGAGGCCUAGCAUGUUCGAGAAGGAGGCAUAUGCACAGAUUUUAAGAGAAAGACUGAGAGAAUCAAUUCAUGAUGUUCAGUACGUAGAGCCACCAUUUGAUGACUCAAUUGCUGAUACAGGUAAAGAAUGGAAGAGUGCCCUGGCAAAACUAAAGUUUGCUAAUUCAUAUAGAAUGGAGCCACUGAAAAAAUUCCAGGCUCAUUCAGUAGAAACGAAAGUCCAGCAGAUAUUAAAGGAAAAUCUUAAAGAUGUCAAAUAUGAUGACAAAGUCUUCUCUCAUUUGUCGCUUGAAUUAGCAGAUCGCAUAUUGCUAGCAGUCAAAGAAUUUGGGUUCCACCGUUAUAAGUUCAUUAUAAAAGUAUUAUUUAUUCAAAAGACGGGUCAGGCAAUCAAUAUUGCCAGCAGAUGGAUCUGGGAUGUUGCGUGGGACAGCUGGGUUGCUGCGAAACAUGAAACUGAAACUUACGUGGCAUUGGCCUUAGUAUUUGCUCUUUACUGUGAAUAG